CCCCACCUCUCUCGAUAGGACCUGCUCCUCGCUCGGUCGCUCGCGCGGUGGCAGUCAGAGCGCGAAGGUCUGACGACUGCGAUCGACGAAGAAAUAGGCCCUGCGCUGGUCACGACCAUUUCUGCACCCACGACGCGAGGGCAGGGAGGGAGGGAGACUGGGAUGGAAGCUCAUGUGAGGAAUGCGGCGUGACGCCUGGACUGCAGUCGAGGAGCGAAUCAGGAAGGGGAGGAUUGAUUGGUUUGAUUAAGAAGCGGAGCGACGGUCGAAGGGCGAAGGGGGCGAAGCAUGCAAUGGGGGAGCGCAGAAUUGAUGCCAGGGGAACAAGUGCGAAUUAGUCGGAGGAGGAGGAGCGAGGUGCGGGGCGGGGCGAUGCGAUGCGAGCAUGGAGAGUCGGGUGAUGGUGAUGGUGAUGGUGAUGGUGGGAUGGUUCGAUGAGGAGGAGAUCAUGGCCGGUCGAGUGAUUGCCGAAUGGCGCGCUUGGAUUGCUUGUGGGAAUUUGUGAAGCGGCCUUGCUUCAUCAUCAAGGCUUUUUAAAAUAUUGCGGCUGCUGCUGACCAGCCCGGGGCCGAGGCGGGCCGGGCCGCAACUGGUGCUUCAAUCUGUGAGGAGUCGAGUCGAGUCGAGGCGAGGCGGAAGCACUCGAUGACUGUGUCGCGAGAGCAGAGAGUCGUGCGCUCGGACAGGCUUCUUCUUCUGCGCAGCAGCUGGAGGAGGAGGACUUAGGUGUUGAAGACCUUCUCGUUCCCGGAUUCUCCCCGACCUUGAUUGAUUGAUAUCACAGGUUGCUGUCUACAGAUCGCAGGGCAUCGGCGUUGCUUGCAGUAGGAUCAUCUGUUACAGCAGGCUUGGACUUGUCGAGGAUAUUCGAAAGUGGACUUGUUGAGGAUAUUCGUAAGGGGACUAGACGGAUAGACUUAAAGGGACGAGGAGCCGACUCUCCUUCAUGUGCUCUCUUCUCGAGGCUUAUGCGACGGCUCCUGAUCGUCAGUGUCACAGGCUCCCCUCGGAUGCUAGAUAGGUUCGAAUGAGUCAUCGCGACUGUUCCAUAGCUAGAGGUUCCUGCCCUUGAGGAAAAUCUACGUUCUGCAGAGACUGGAGUGAUCUCAAUCGAAGCUGCUCUCGGGGGAAUGGUGUGCUCGGAGCACGGGAGAGAUUGAUUGAAAGCAGUUUUCGAUGGGUAGAGGUAGUGGGAAAUUUGCGCUUGGACGGGAGAAAUGGAUAACGUGCUUUGUGUUUGUAAUUCUUGUGGGGGUCGUCCACUGGACUGCCUCCAACUCUCCCUACUUGGCUAGCUCGAUCAAUAUUUUCAAAGGAUGGUCUCGGCAAGCGAUUCUUGCUUAUUCGACGAUCAACGAGGCCGAACGCCAAAAUCCAGAGAAUCAGUGGCUUGAUUCUGGAAAAGUUCUGGAGGGAUCGGACGAGUCAUCGCCACAGCUUGAUGGUCGCAAAACAACAAGCCCUCGUGUGGCUAUUUGUCUGGUAGGAGGAGCACGCGCAUUCGAGCUGACGGGUCUUACAAUUAAGAAAUAUGUUUUGGAUGUGUACGAUCAUCCUGACAUUUUUUUGCAUGUUCCGUUCGACGAGAACUCUCACAAGCUGACGGUCUUGCAAAAUUCGUCCCAUCUUGUAAUGGCCCGCAUUUUUGUUCCACAACAUAUUCCAGAGAAUCGCCUGCAGCAGGAGGUUCUGACGGGUUCCAAUUCGCCAAACGGCAUUCAGGGACUUCUCCAGUAUUUUAGUUUGGUCGAAGGGUGUCUGGACAUGAUUUCUGAGCACGAGACCAAGCACAAGUUUAAGUAUGAUUGGAUCAUACGGACCAGGGUCGAUGGAUACUGGACUGGACCGUUGCCUCCUGUCACCACUUGGGAUCCUAAACAUUACCAUGUACCUUACGGUUCCUCCUUCGGUGGUCUCAACGAUAGGUUCGGUGUCGGUACUCGAAACACCAGCUGGACAGCGUUGUCGAGGUUGAGCCUGAUACCGCAACUACAUGAAAGAGGAUUCAGGAACUUGAACUCUGAAACUUCAUUCAGAUCACAACUCACAAGCUCAAACGUCACGGUUGAACUUGGUGAAUUUCCAUUUUGCAUUCUAAGUGCUCGAAAGUACGCGUGGCCACCGACCAGGUGGGGUGUUCCAGUGGCAUCUAUCAAAAGUAAGGGCAACCUCAAUGGAGCGAAAUGUAGACCAUGUCAUCCUGCUGCCAUCGGAGACCGGGCCAUGGAUGUCUUGGCUGGAAUAGAUUCCGGUUGGGGGUGGAUAGGCCCUGUUCAUCGUGGAGACAUCCAAUUAUGUGAUUCAACCCAGGAUGACGAAGUUGGCUGGGAAGAUGUUUUUGAUGAAGUUUCUGGGAUGGAGUUGGCUCUGAUUCGAAGGAAGAUAACGAAUAGGACUGUCAAAGAGUGUAUCAGAGACGUGAAGGUAUUCGCCAAAUCGUGGGAGGUCUGGAUUGCUCCAAGCGCAGAAAUUUUGUGCGCCAGUCAUGAGAAGUAGGAACUUGAGUGAGCUCACCGAGAUUCUCUUCUCAGUUGUCUUCCAGUCGCUGCACAUUCGAUCAGCGUGCACUUCUCCCACGAGACGAGGUGGGCUGAAGCAGAUCGACUGUCGUCGAUCUCCUCCUCGACUUUUUCAUCCAAAUAAGAUCUUGGAGGACUGAUCUGACCAUCAUGACAUGAUGAAGACGAAAGCCGGAGCGAAGAUGCGAUCAGAGUCACGUUCUGACUUAUGUGAUGGGGAGCACAGUAUUUGAAGAAGACGAGGUCGCUUCUUGCCUUGAGGGAAGGUUCAAGAGACUCGAGAGUUCCACGGACCCAUGCGGGAUGACCAUAUUCCUUCUGGUUGAAGCUCGUAAUGAAGUUCCACCUGUAGGCUCCGGGCUCUUCAAUGUGGCAGAGAGGAUUCUGUGCAGAAGAGGAAAAUUGAAGUUAUGUCCAUGAUCGAUUCUCACGAAGAGUCUAUCGGACACGGAUUAUUAUGAAGAUGAGAAGUCCAUGCAUUAGUGAGAUAUUUGCCAGGGCUUUAUAAGAAGAUGACCGCAGCAGCUCGGUUUGUGUAGUUUCUUAGAACCUCCAGGUUGCAUGUCCAUUGUAGUUACAGUAGUUACUUAGUCGAGUGCCUGUUGCGAGUAGGCUUCUGUAAUUUUGAGAGUUUGUCCAAAUCGGGCUCGUGAGAAGAAUUCUCCGACCCAUGUUUAGAACGACUGUGUUCUAAUAGGUUGUCGUUGUUGGAGCACAAUCUCCAAUGUAUUGUAUAGCUCAAUAAGCCCAAAAAUUUCUCCCUUCUAGUGGAGGAGAUACGAGUUGAUAUUCCUGCCAACGAAGCUUUCUCGAGUGUGUGACCGGACGAGGUUAUUGCGUCAUGGGACCUUUUUGUGUGCUAGAAUACAAAUGCCAACUGAUCUCUGUCCAGUCCCGAUCUGGGAGCACUAUUUAUUUAUGCUAAUUUUAAGGUACCGUACGAUUUAUAUUUCUAAG